CUCCUCAACUCCAUCCUCUCGUCCAUCAACGGCGAUCAGCCCGCUCCUCGCCGUUCACAACCACUCCCAUCUUCUGCUAGAUCAAAUCCGCCAUCGCGCAACUCGACUCCCCAGCAAGCGCCACCCAAAAGGAAAGCCGACGAUACCACUAGCGACUUCAAGCCAAAGAUUGCGAGAACCGAUACCAACACUUCAAGAUUUGAACAAAAUGCCUCUCUAGCCCCGCCUCCGUCACGCAGCACUACCUCUUCCCCAGCCCAGAGACCUGCCGUCCCGCCACCCAAGGCUGCCAUUCCAUAUCGCGGUAGUGGUCCCUCCGCCAAAGUACAGCCAGCUGUGAAACCUAUCUCAACUCAAUCUGCACCUCUGCGACCACCUCAAGCUUCGACUACACCGGUAGUGGCCUCUGCUCCUGCCAAAGGCGGUUAUCUGGCUGUCUUGGAACGCGCAAAGCAAAAUGCCGAAGCAACCAAACUAGCUGGCCAGAUCAAACAUAAACCUGUCGAGAAGCUCACCAAAAAGGACCGUCAACGUCUUGUCGAAGAAGCUCGUGCUGCGCAAAAGGGCAAACCUCUGCCAAAUAAGGAUGCAAAGAUUGGUCUCAAAGCUAGGGGAAAGAGUGCCGAACCUUUGCUCGACUCAAAGGCUGGUGUACCGAUCAAGGACAGGAAGAAGCCUGUCGAGGUAGCAUACAAAGGCACAAUGCGUCCAAACGCCCCUGCCGCUCCUGUCUACCGUGGUACUAUGGGAGGUCCCGGCGGUGCUGCUGCACGCAAACCACUCCCCAAGGCUCCUGCAUCCAGCCGGUCUGGCUACGGCGCUGGUCGUCGCUACGCUUCAUAUUCUGAUGAGGAAGAAGAAGAUGAAGAUGAUGAGCCAGAAGACGACUACGAAUCAGGCUCCGAUAUGGAGGCUGGCGUCGACGAGAUGUACGAGGAAGAAGAGACAUCCGCACGCAUUGCGAAACGUGAGGAUGCCAUAGCUUUGGCCGAGGAGAACGAACUCAAGCGUCAGAAACUCGAACGUAAACGCAAGCUCGAAGCACUCGCUUCCAAGCAGAAAGGGCGCACUUACUAA